GAUGGCGCUGUGAUCGACCCGCCUUGGUGAGUAAGUUAGUUGUCAACAUUUAGCGAUUUACUUAGGACAAUCAUAUAUUGGAUUACCAUUGGAUAGAGUUGCCUGGAAACCAUGUUUUCCAGUGGGCCUAGCUACAGCAAACUAAAGACGAACCUGAGACUAUCAAUAAAUCGACUAAAACUACUAGAGAAAAAGAAAACAGAGCUUACUCAAAAAGCGAGACGGGAAAUUGCCGAUUAUUUAUCAGGUGGCAAAGAUGAGCGGGCAAAGAUACGAGUGGAGCACAUAGUCAGAGAAGACUAUCUCGUGGAGGCCAUGGAACUAAUCGAGAUGUACUGUGAUCUGCUCUUAGCACGUUUUGGCCUUAUACAACAGAUGAAAACAGUGGACGAGGGUCUGCAGGAGGCUAUCUCCAGCAUCAUUUGGGCCGCCCCUCGGCUGCAGACCGACUGCCAGGAACUGAAGGUGAUUGCGGACCAGCUGUGUCACAAGUACGGCAAGCCGUACGCACAGGCAUGCAGGGAGAACUCACUGGGACACGUCAGUGAGAAGCUCAUGCACAAGCUAGGCGUGCAAGCACCUCCCAAGCUUCUCGUAGAAAGGUACCUAAUAGAAAUUGCGAGAAGCCAUAACGUCCCGUAUGAACCCGAUCCAACUGUCAUGAACCAGGAUGAAGUGUACGCAGCCGAAUCCCAACUGAUCGACUUUGGAGGGAAAGGUGGCCUAGGUCCCCCACCUGGCCCACCCGACCUGGGUGGAAGUGGAGGUGGAGGAGGAGGUGGAGGCAUGGUAGGUCCUCCCAUGGGAGUUUCCUUCCCUCAGCCUAUGUAUCCACCUGCACCUCAGCCUGGAGUAGUACCGUUUGCAUAUCCCAAUUUACCAGACCAGGGUGCUGGAAGCGGUGGCUUUUACCCGCCAACUGCACCUUACCCGUCUCGCCCGCCCAGCUAUUGUCCCGCGCCGAAAAACGCGUUUCCGUCGCCGCCGCGCCCCGACGAACCCUCGCCCAACUACAGCGACAUAUUCGAUAACUCGGUUACCGACCCCCCGCAGAGCGAGGAGAAGCCGCCGCUGCCGACGACUCCGCCCAAGGCCGCGCCUCGCGGUGUGAGCCCGAGCGUGAAUGACACCCUCGAGCUCCCUGACCUCCCAGCCGUACCGAUGAACAGCUUCCCAAAGCCGGGCGGCACUAUAGGUGGCGCCGGCGGCACCUCCGGCGACGACAUCGAUUUCGAUGACCUGACGAAGCGAUUCGAGGAGCUGAAGAAGAAGAAGUAACGAGGAGAGGACGCGUUAGCGACGUCUGCGAGAUGAUCGCGGGAACGAUUAGCGCCGGUGUUUGUACGUGUGUGUUUCUGUCAGUCGAGCGGUGUUUGGGUGAAGACUAGAAGUGCUGUAAAUGGAAUGAGAGAGUGAGUGGUUAUUACCUCCGCGCAACGGAGGUCAUGUAAUCGGUCUUGUGUGUGUGUUCGUGUGUGU